UGGCAACCAAUAUAUAACAUAUUGAUUAAUUUACCUGUUGCUUGUCAAAAUGUCGACAUCUACGUCACGUAGACGAAAAGAUGAAAAAUCUCAGACGAGCGCCUACAAAGGAAGUCAAGCACCGAGCCUUCACGAACAGUUAAGUGAAGAUCAUAUAAAACAACUUUAUAGCGCGUUUCAUGCGUCGCACCAGGUGAGCAUGGAACAACUUGCUACACUUUUAAAAGACAUUGCCAGUAUUGAGUAUAGCGAAAACGAGUUCGAUUUACUUUUUCGUCGCAUUAACACAACAAGAAAUGGACUAGUGACUUGGGACGAGUUUAUCUCGCAUUUAAUUUUGGGUUUUCAAGAAAAGGAAAUCAGUGCGGAAUUUCAGUCAUUAGACUCUCCAAUAUCGAAAGAACCAAGAGUUAUAAGAAGUAACCACAGGCACCCCAUAAAUCGCAUAACGUUUUUCCCCACCAUUAAGAACGGUACAGACUACGACUUUUUAGACGGAAAUUAUUUGACAUGCAGCAAGGAUGGUGUUAUCAACUACUGGUCGUUGGAUCUGAAAUUGGACAGAACGGUUCAAUCGAGUAGUCCCGAAUUGAAGGUGCAAACCACGUGGGUGCUCGACUUAGUUUGCCUCCCCGAUGUAUCGGUUGUUUGUACGUCCAGUUCCGAGCGAGACUUGCGUUUUUAUGAUACAUCUGCCCGUAAAUUUGAGCUGCGAGUUAUGUUUUCCACCCUCAACGAAGCGGUGGUGAGCAUGCAUUACGAGUUUAACACUAGGGAGGCGAGUGAAGCGAGCAAGUUAAUCAUGGGCGAUAUGGGUGGAAAUGUUAAAAUUCUGCUAUUUGGUACUGUAGCUCGGGGACCGUUUAAAAGUCAACCCGGUGUACCUCUCCUUAGUGUGCGUUACGAACGUUUGGUUAAAGGGUUAGUACCCGGAUUUCGCUUUGUUGAAUUUCAAAACUUGCACACGAACUGGGUACGUCAAGUGUCCUACUAUAAGAGCUUACAAUGCUUUGUAUCGUGUUCUGCUUGCCCCAAGGCAGCCAUGGUACUCAAAGACAUAACGGAUAACAAAAGUAGUUACGUUUAUAAAAUCGCCAAGGGCGCUUGGUGCUUUACUUUCUGCGAAUCUGCCCAUUUGCUCGUAACGGGCGGAUCGGAUUCUUUGGUACGUUUAUGGAAUCCGUUUGUACCUAACAAACCGAGCGCAAUUUUCUCUGGGCACGACGCCGGCGUGUGCGCUUUAAUCCUUCAAGAGUCUGGCAAGUUUCUUUACUCGAUCUCCAAAGAUAAAUGCAUCAAGGUAUGGGAUGUGACCGCCCAAAGUUGUUUACAAACGUAUAGAACUGUACCAUCCGAGCUGGGUGAAUAUAACGACUUUACUGUACUGUAUAAUCCGGAUAACAGGCAACUGCUUUUGGGAUCUAUUACACUUGUAGUUUUGGAAUUACGGCCAUUGCAAUGCAGCGACCACACAGACGGCACAACUCAUUCUCUAGGUGUAUCGGUGGUUUUGUAUAACGCGUUGUUUAAAGUGGUAUUGACUUGCGGUUUGGAUAGCUUUAUCAUUGUAUGGGAUCCGUGGACGGGGAAAAGAAUACUUGUGGUCAAAGAAGCCCACACUCGUGUAGUGUACGGAGAAACACAUUCAAUUGAAAUAACAGCGGCGACUUUUGAUCCAGGAAAUCAACUCCUUCUAACCGGAGCAAACGACGGUACAUUAAAAGUUUGGAAUUUUAACAGCGGUACGUGCUUGCGUAACAUGUCAAUAGAACCAGGCUGCGAAGUUACUUCGGUGAUUUGGAUUCGAGGAAGGAUAUUGGCGAUCGGAUGGAAUCGUCACGUGACAGAGUUUCUAGACACGGGAGGAACGAUCGAAUCUGCAGGCGGUGGUAAAUCUUGGGAUACUCGCCAUAGCGAAGACGUAUUCUGCGCGUCUGCACGCAUCCCUCAAACUUUAGCAACUGCCACUUUCAACGGCGAACUCAUACUUUGGCGUUUGGAAACUGGACAACCGUACCGAUGUCAUAACGUUGUAAAUCCGACCAAACGUAUAAAAAUUGAGUAUAAACUUAAAAAAGAAGAAAAAACUGCUCACUCGAGCAGAAGCAACAGUACGUUUACAAAGAAAUCGAUCGCCUCUAUAAAGUCGUCACAAACGCAAAAGACUAUCGCAUUAUGUAAUCCUGAACUCAGGGCGCACAAAUUAUCAACGAUACACAUCCCAGAAACAUACAUUCCGUUGAGAGGAUUGGCAGUUCACUCUAUGAUUUUCUUAUCCGAAAGACCCAUGCUGCCAGGUGUAGCGACACUACUCGUAGCUUUAGAAAAUGGCAAUAUCCAAGUUUGGUCUCACCAUCCCGGAGGAAGCUUUAUAACAUCAUUUCAAGCGGUACAUUCGGCCGGUGAUUAUGUUACGUCGAUGGCGACGGACGCACACAAUGAGUAUCUUUUCGUAGGAACAACGGCUGGCUACAUCAAGACAUGGUUAAUGACCGAUUAUUACCCUCCAAAUCUUACAACACGAGCGUGUCUCCCGAAAUAUCGAUUAAUAUUUCCGUUUAUGCUGAAAGACCUAAUAGACGGUAGAGCAAAGAGAGCUGUUAGAGAUCAACCGAAACCAGUGCUUCUCUCAAGCUUUAAGGGACACACAUCUCCAGUUUCUGGACUAACAUACAUUAACGAAGCAGCGAUUGUUGCUAGCUGUAGCACAGAUUUUACUACUCGCUUAUGGACAUUAGGAGGUCGCUAUUUAGGAACUUUGGGAACAUUUAAGCCAUGGAUUCCAAUUACAAUCGACGUACCGCCUGACGAUAACCGUCAGUACAGUAUACCAACAGAUUUGAAAAGGAUGGCUAGUUCAACGUCAUUCAAGGUUUUUACCGGGAGGAAUUAUGAAAAAAACGAGCCGGCGCACGAUGAGAAAGAAGAUAAACCGUUGACAAAUGUCGUUACAAAUAAAGUGGAAAUUUAUGGUAAACGGUUGGAAGAGCCAAUUUUAGGUAACCAUUUCAGAAUACCUCCUCGAACUGUUGGAAGGUACCAGUUUACUCUUGAUGCGUCAUUACCCUAUAUCCCAGUAUACACUCAUUUAAUAAUGCCACCUGAUAAAAAUGUUCCACAUCCACGUACACCUGAAGGUAUUGCCUUAUCUCAAAUCCUCAGACACGAUGAAAAAGACAAACGACCGAAAUAAUAAAAUGGAUUCCAUCCAUCACUUAAAAAGAAAACUAGAAAUUGGAAAAC